UAGCCUUUCAGAACUAGAUGUGUUAAUUUAGCGCUAGUUCAGAUCAACUGCAAGUACUUUGAGAAAUAGUAGACUCUGAGUAUUUCACCAUUAAACGUACAGUAUUUGUGGAUUCGAUGCAUGAAUCGGAACCGAAAUAUUUCGUGAACAGCAGUGAUCCUUUGAUAUUCUAAUUGUAAUCUGUAACCUCACCUCCAUGCGCCCACCCCAAAUACACUUGCCAGCAACUUCAGUGCAGUUUCUUUAGAAAAUGAAACUUGAUACAGCCCUGUGCUGAGCUGCGUGCAGUGCACAGAAACCAGCAGGCGCUGUGGGCUACGAAGAUGCCAAAUAAACACACCCAGGCAUAGAUCCUGCAAGAGACAAACGAAAUAGCAAUUAUGAAGCUCGUUCUGAAAGCCUGGGUCUGUCUCUUUACAUUUUGCAUCGUGCUGGUUAUUUUAUCUAUAUAUUCAGUUCCAAAUGUUAAUGAGAUUCAUUCAGUUGUGGAUCAUAGAUAUCCGAUGUCCUUACAGUUUCUCUGGUCAAACAUUACAAUGCAGAGAGACUUUCAAAUCCUUAAUGAUGGAAAAUAUGUUUACUUGUUGGAUUUGAGACAGUACAGAGAGGAAUUUCCCUACCUACAAGAUUACAAAUGUAAUAAAGUAUCAGAACCAAAGAACUUUUGUGCCAGAUCUGCUGGUUUUGUGAAUUUAAUCUUAGCAAUUAAAAGCCAACCAGGCUCUUUUGAUCGAAGACAUGCCUUAAGGAAGACAUGGGCCCAGCCUCAAGUAAUUGAAGACUUUCUCAUUAACCCAGUGUUUCUCAUGGCAACCACAAGCAACCAUACUCAAAUGAUACUUUUAGAAAAGGAAAUGCUCCAUUACCAGGAUAUUAUUCUGUGGGAUUUCAUGGAAAAUCAUGCAAAUCUGUCUUUAAAAGAAUUUUGUUUUCUUGAGUGGAUGAUGUACAAUUGUGUGACAGACUUUGUUUUUAAAGGUGAUGAUGAUGAAUUUGUUUAUCCUCCUGCUAUUGUUAAGUAUCUAAAGAGAACCCCAGAUGCUUCAAGUUUUAUUCAUGGAAAUCUCCGUGUCCAUACUGAAGUCUUGCGAAAAGGGAAAUAUAAAAUAAGCUAUCAGUUAUACUCUAUGAAUGUCCUGCCGACAUUUGUAUCAGGUUCUGGAUUCAUCAUUCCAGGCAUAUUAAUUCCAUCUCUCUAUCGUGCUGCCACAGUUCUGCCCGUCUUUCCUCUAGACGAUGUCUAUUUUGGAUUUCUAGCCAUUAAAGCCAAUAUAACCUUGAAGCAUGGACAUGGGUUCUAUUGUUGGGGGCUAAAGUUUGAUGCUUGUAAAUAUCGAAAUGCAGUGCUUGUGCACAGUUUAUUUGAAUAUGAUGAAAAGGGAAUGUCACCAGAACAACUCUUGGAUGUAUGGGAAAAAGUGAUUACAGAAGAAAAUUGUACAGACUAACAAUUUUAUUUUCAGGUUAAAAGCACUUGAAGAACCAAUUAGGAUUAGGUUAAGUUAAAAAUGUUUUUAAUAAUACAGUAAAAGGAUAGAUUCAUAUAUUUUCUACUAGCAAAAUACCC